AUGAAUAAGCGAUUUAUGAAUAUAAAAAAUAAUCAAUCUUUACAACAACAACAAUAUAAUACAUACCCACAACCAAAUCAACAACCAUCUCUUCAACAAUAUAAUAACAAUGGAUAUAAUAAUAGUGGUCAUAAUAACACAGUUAAAUUCAAUCCACAACAAUAUAAUCCCCAACACCCACCACAAGUACACCAACAAAAUUUCCCACCACAACAAAGUUUUCCACCACAACAAGGUUUUCCACUACAACAAAAUUUUCCUCAUAGUAGGCAUUCUACAAAUAGUAUAAACUAUCCACCACCACAACACCAACAACAGCAAUACUCAGAUUUCCAGAAUGAAAUGACAUUUGAACAGUUUCAACAAUAUCAACAAUUUUUAUUACUUCAACAACAAAUACAACAAAAAAACCAUUUUCCUCAAAAUGGUCAACCUAUGUAUCAACCACAGCCAUAUCCAAAUCCUAAUAUUGGCCAGCAUAUGAACCCAAAUAUUAACCCCAGUAUUGUCCCAAAUCAAUCAUAUCCACCUCAACACUAUUCUCCACCACCUCAAUAUUACAACCAACCACCAUCACCCCAAAAUUCUUCUCCUCCACAAUAUUACCAUCAAAAUGGCAGCAUUACUCCAAAUGUUUACCAACCAUCUCCACAACAAAUACAACAACACCAAAUACAACAACAAAUACAACAACAAAAUUAUUUUAAACAACAACAGCAACAUGUUCAAAUACAGCAACAGCAAAUACAACAUCAAAUGCAACAACAAAAUAUUGUGUACCAAAAUCAUCAAUCUCAACAAACCCCAAAUCACCAGCAACUCCCUCCAUCGCAUUAUCCUCAAUUUCAUCAACAACAAAAUGUAAAUAUUCAACAAGAACAAAACUAUAACAGCAAUAGUGACAAUAUUCCACCAAAUGUAAAUAAAGAGAAUGUAGAAAAUGUAAAUAUUUCGUGUUCAAUGACUCAUGAACCAUGUAACAUAUGCACAAGAGGAAUUCCAAAUAUCAUCCAGGCUCAAACAUGGGCAAACAUUAUGCGAGUUGUGUUUUAUUGUUUGAAAAUGUCAUUUCCAAAUAAGGCAUUUUUUAAUCUUAAACAUGAUGUAUAUGGAUAUAUGUCUCACCAUUGGGAUGUUAUAUGUUACGAAAAAAAGAAAACCGACAAUUGGCACAAACAAAUCCAAGAUAUUUUAUCACACAGCAAAGAGUUAUUUGAAUCUGGUAUGGAGCAGUAUCAACAAAAUGGAUUUUGGAGAUUAAAAGAUUUAACAGAUCCUUGGACUAUAAAAAAAUUAUAUUCAACUAGGGGCGGCAAAAGAACUCAAAAAGAAAAACCAAAGGUAGAGAUUAAUAAUAAUAAUAAUAAUAAUAAUAAUAAUAAUAAUAAUAAUAAUAAUAAUAAUAAUAAUAAUAAUAAUAAUAAUAAUAAUAAUAAUAAUAACAAUAACAAUACCAAUAAUAAUAUCAAUAGUAAUAAUAAUAAUAGUAGUAAUAAUAUUAAUACAAACAAUAUUACUAAUAAUAUAGCUAGUUCUAAUAAUAGUAAUAUUAAUGGUUUAAAUGUAACUCAAAGUAUAAGUAAUAUUAUAAAUAACAGUAGUAAUAGUAUUUCAAGUAGUGCUAGUAGUAGUUUUAAUAGUAAUUAUACUAAUAAUAAUAAUAAUAAUAAUAAUAGUAAUAAUAGUAACAAUACUUGUAAUAAUAAUAACAUUAGUGAAGUCUCAACUAUUACAAAUAUUAGUAGUAAUAGUAUUUUUAAUAGUGUAGUUAACACUCUAAAUAACUCUUCAAAUAUAAUAAAUUCUCCUAGACCAGAUUAUAAUAACAUAGUUAAUUCCAGUAAUAGUAUAAACUCUAGUGGUAGUAGUAGUUUUAGUAAUAGUGGUAACAAUUUAUUUAAUAGUACUACUACAGGCAACAAUAGCAAUAAUGUCAAUAACAGUUCGAAAAGUGUUUCAAACUCGCCAAUUUUACAUUUGGGAAAUCCUAUUGUUACAUCAAUUCAAUUAUCAGCAGAAAAGAAGAGAUUUAGUUUACCAAAUAUACAUGAGCACUUAGGCGAACAAUCACCAAGAGUAACCGAAGUAGCCAAUUUAUUUUCCAUUUCUUCUAUUACCGACCAAGAAGAGACCUUUUUAAAUGAAAGAAGUAAGCGUUCAAGAAACAAUUCAACUGCAGACCUCGAUGAUUUUGAUAGAUUAAAUAGCUCAGAAAAUAAAAUCGAAUAUGCAGUAAUAGAAAAAAGAAAAGAUUCGGUAGAUUCUCUCAGUGAACAUAUUAAAUUAGAAUUAAAUACAAACUCAUCUAAUGAUAAUAGUCCAAGAAACAGAUCGCCAUUAUUAAAUUCAAAUAAAUUAAAGAUUGAUCAGGAUAAAUGGGAUACACUAGUUAAAGGUUUCAUGGGAUUCGAUACAUCAAAAGUAAAGGAACCAUUAUCCCCAUCAAUGCCUUUAUCCCCAGUUUCUAUGCCUUCGCCUCAUUCACCAAAUCUAGCACAUUUAUCGGCUCAUUUUAAAAAAAGAAGUUUUAGCGACUCAGUUUGCACAAAUCCUAAUCCAAAUAGUAGCAGCAGUAAUCAAGAUAGUGGUAAACCUCUAUCAUCAUCAUCACCUAAACAUCAAAAUCAACAGCAAUUAACCCAACAACAAUAUUUCCAACAAAUGUUACAACAUCAACAGUAUCAACAACAACAGUUAUCAUUACUACAAGAAAAGCAAGAAAAAACUUCAGAUGAUCCAAAAAAUAGUAAUAACAAUGAUAAUAAUAAUAAAGCAAAUAUAUCAAACUUAGUUUAG